CGCUAGAAAGAGCUUAUUUAACCCCCAGGGGAAUCAGGACAUAUUCGCCGAUAAUAUCCAAUCCUCCAACAACUACCCAAACUCUCCCAUGGGCUUGGUUUUUACCAACUAACUGAUACUCUCGGCUUCCAACUCGUACCAACUGAUUCGCGCUUUUUGCCUCGACCAUUACGCCUACCGUGCCUCCUCUACCUAAAGAAAUUGCCUAGCUUCCACCGUCCCUUCUUGAACUCCAUCUGCAUGAGAGAAAAUGACUAUAGAAUCUGAUUCGGUAUCGGCGUUACCGCCGCUAUUAAAGCGGCAAGCUCGCGAUACGACAAGCCCCGCCGUGCGCACGCCCUCCAGGACAGGCACUCCUCCCCCGCCAUCUGAUCGAGGAACACUCCAGGUGAUGAACAAUGUGGAAGGUGGUAAUUCGAGGAAUAUACGUCACGGACGGAGAGGCGAGCGGGCGAGUAUAGGCGGUUUCGAUCCUGAUAGUUUGACGCGGGCUCUCUCAAGGGAACUAUCUGCCGACAGACGAGAUAGCGCUUCAAGUGCGAGUCCUAGUAGGAAGCGACAGCGCAUCAAUGGCGACAGAUUUAUACCCGAACGCAGCGGUCAGGAUAUGGUCUCCGCUUUCAGUCUUAUGCAUGAGGGAGGGUCGCCAGCUACACCCCCGCGACAGAAGAAGCGAACACCACAUGGUGAGCUUCACUUCCAACAAACUGAGGAAGCGAACGACAGAUUUUCUCGAGUGUUGAGAGCAGAACUCUUCGAGAACACAAUACCGCAGGCUACACCGCAAAUGAUGUCUCCAGAUGCUAAUUUGCCAGGUUCGGCACACUCUACACAUACUCAUAAUGGCACGAGAUCCCACACACCACCUAACAACCCCCCUCCCUCUCUACCUGCAAGCUUUACGCCAUCAACACCUCACAAGAAUCUCUUCUCUUACAUGUCUCCCCGCCACCAUUCCAACGUAGCUGGCCAACCGACGCCGUCCCGGACACCACAGAGCCGGCAUGGUCCUAAUCUGGAUAUACGCUCAGAGAUAUAUAGCCUGUCUCCAGUUCGCUUUGGAAGCCAGCAAAUGCUAUUAAGCCCAAGGCGGCAACCGAGAGCUGUCAGUAAAGUACCUUACAAAGUACUAGAUGCUCCCGAGUUAGCCGACGACUUCUACCUAAACUUGGUUGACUGGGGUAGCGCUAAUGUUUUAGGCGUCGGUCUGGGCUCGAGCGUCUACAUGUGGAAUGCGCAAACAAGCCGGGUCAACAAGCUUUGUACACUGGAGGAUGACACGGUGACAAGCGUAUCGUGGAUUCAGAAAGGCACGCACAUAGCCAUCGGGACUGGAAAAGGCUUAGUACAGAUCUGGGAUGCUGAGAAGACUAGGCGCUUAAGAACGAUGACCGGACACACUGCACGUGUGGGAUCAUUGGCUUGGAACACUCAUAUUCUCACAUCAGGAUCUCGAGAUCGACUGAUAUACCAUCGCGAUGUCAGGGCCCCCGACCAGUGGAUGCGAAAGCUUAUGGGACAUAAGCAGGAGGUCUGUGGCUUGAAAUGGAACUGCGAAGAUGGUCAAUUGGCAAGUGGCGGAAAUGACAACAAACUCAUGGUUUGGGAUAAACUCUCGGAAACACCUUUAUGGAAAUUUUCCGAUCACACCGCUGCUGUCAAAGCAAUAGCAUGGUCGCCCCACCAACGUGGUCUACUGGCCUCCGGCGGUGGAACAGCUGAUCGAAGGAUAAUAUUCCAUGAUACAGUCCGUGGAUCUGCCAUCAACGAGGUAGAUACAGGUAGCCAAGUCUGCAAUAUCUCUUGGUCGAAGAAUUCCAACGAAAUCGUCUCAACGCAUGGCUACAGUCAAAACCAGAUCGUCGUCUGGAAAUACCCUGCCAUGACGCAGGUAGUCAGCCUCACUGGUCACACAUAUCGGGUGCUAUAUCUGGCGAUGAGUCCUGAUGGCAGAACAAUAGUUACAGGAGCUGGCGACGAAACCCUGCGAUUCUGGACUGUAUUCGGAAGGCGACCAGGCCAGAGAGAAGACAGCGACGGUGGGGGACGAUUGAGCGAGUGGGGAGUCAUUCGGUGACGAAAUUAAUUCAGCCCCGAUCUAUCUACUUUACGGUGACAGACUCUACUGCCCCAUAACGAUAUCCACCUAGUUUUACGACAUAUUUGAAGGGGGCCAAAUGGUCUUUUCGCAGUUCCUUGCAUCCAUCGGCGUUUUGCAUGUAUGAGUUGAGUUUUACUUUUUUGGGAGGGGGUCCGGAUCUUUUUGGAGUCUUACCUAACUAUCCAUGGUAUUGCAAAGGUUGACGGGCU